CUCACAUCAAGGAGUAUAUUGAAAAUUAAAAAAAAAAUAAUGAAGUCAAUAACUGUUUUCUCCUGCCUCAUUGCGAUGGCACUCUGCCUGGUAAACCUGACCCAGGGAGAACUUUUCCAUGUCAACGAUGUCACCGUGGAGACCAAGACAAACAACUUCCGCUGCGAUCGCAUUAUCUGCCCGCCGCACACCCAUCGCUGUGUGGUCACCAAGAAGACCAAAUCCAAGGAUUUGACCAAAGUGAGUCGCAAAAAUGUCUGCUUAUCCGCCAAAAAUGCGGUCCUGCAAAAAUCCAAAACCGAGGAGACCGUCAAUGAUGGCAAGCAGUUGUAUUUCCAUCUGGACAUUGAACAUAGCGGCAAAGUACAUGCUAUGACCAGCACCAAGCCCAGCGUUUUCCAGAAGCUCAAGAAGACAGUUGUGGACAAAGUGCAGGCUGUGAAAAAUAAAUUCUGAAAGGAAAUGAAAUUGCAUCUCAAAAUUAUUGCAUUUUGGGUAUUUUUAUUUUAAAAUUUUAAUAAAAUAUAUUUUUGGUCCUUGAAAAAA